UCGGCACGACAGUCCCAUCACACACGGACACCAUGCUGCCAGCGCUCUGCUCUCUCCUCACUGCUCUCUCAUGUGUCAGUGGUGUGACUGUGGUGACGCAGAAGCCUCCUGUUCUCACGCUGACUCGAGCACAGACGGCCACCAUGGACUGUAAUCUGGGGACUGUCACUGGUAGUGGUGCACGCUGGUACAAACAGGUUUCUGGAGGAGUUCCUCACACGUCCCUGCAGUCUCUCCUUUAUCUGCUCCUCACGCUGCUCGUCUCUUCACUCAGCACGACAGUCCCAUCACACACGGACACCAUGCUGCCAGCGCUCUGCUCUCUCCUCACUGCUCUCUCAUGUGUCAGUGGUGUGACUGUGGUGACGCAGAAGCCUCCUGUUCUCACGCUGACUCGAGGACAGACGGCCACCAUGGACUGUAAUCUGGGGACUGUCACUGAUAGUGGUGCACGCUGGUACAAACAGGUUCCUGGAGGAGUUCCUCAGCAUGUGUUAAGAAAUUAUCAUGGCUGGAGUGCUCCUAACUAUGGAUCUGGUUUCUCGUCUCCUAAAUUCACAUCAACACACUCCUCUAAAUCAGAUUACAAACUGAUUAUCAGUAAUGUGGAGGUGGGAGACUCUGCAGUGUAUUACUGUAAGACAUGGGACAGCUCUGCUAAAGAGUGGGAUGCUGAACGAAUCGCUGUGGUAUUCGGCCAAGGAACAAAGCUGAUCGUCAGCGACGCUGCUCUCCCGGAUCCUGUUCUGACCGUUCUCCCUCCGUCCAGUGAAGAGCUGAAGUCUAACAAAGCCACUCUAGUGUGUUUGGCCAGCGACCUGGCCGGUGGUUUUGCUGAUGUGCGUUGGCUCGUGAACGAGAACUCGGUCACCAGUGGAGUCAUCACCGGCUCUGCACAGCAGCAAGCCAAUAAGAAAUUCACACUGAGCAGCUAUUUGACCAUCGACAGCUCCGACUGGGAAAACGACAAAGUCAUAGCAUGUGAAGUGUCUGCUGGAGGAAAAGCCGCGUCGGUGAAGAUCAAGAAGUCCGAAUGCAGCGAAUGAACCCGAUUACAUAUAUAUGAAUUUUUCAGCAAAGGCUUAUAGAUGUUAAAGAUGAAUCUGUAGAGAAAGAAAGAAUAUCAACUCCUGCAUGUAACCAAAAUAGAAUUUGAAUAAAAAUGCAAUUCUGAAAAAGAGAACUGUUUGUGUAAGUCCUUCCUGAAGUGUGUGGUAACAGAAACACGGUGGUGGAAAACUUUCUGACUGUUACAAAGCACUGACACUGGAGACUCCUUCCUUAAAUGCUGAAUAAAGAUUUGAUUACAUUAGAAAAAUUCAUCAUAUCAACGAUUAUAUGUUUUUCUUAUUAUAAGUUGUUUUUGUAUGUAGUGGUAGAUUUCUGUAACAAAUGCAGCACAUAAGAAAGUGUGUUACGUCCGAUUAUCAGAGCUCACACACAC